AUGCAGUUCCAGCAGUGUAGGCAACUCAACCCCAAUUGUCCUCUCUGCAGACCUGAUGAUGCGCUGCAGUCCCACUUCAGGCCCCUGGUAAUUGUUGUGCCCAGGAACUUGCAGGGCUCUUCCAGAAGUCCACUGUCAUCACUCCACUGUUUUUACUGUGUUCAGCACCAGGUUGCUGUGGCUGCUCUGAAGGACCACCUGAUCAACCACCCAUCUGUUAGCAGACUCAUCAAUAUCUCAGAUGAGACCAAAGACUCAAGGUCAGCUGGACUGUCAUCAGUUCUGAUUCUUCUCGAACUCUCUGCAGCCUUUGACACUGUCAAUCACAAGAUUCUUCUGUCUAUCCUUUCUGGCCUUGGCAUUUCAGGAACAUUUCAGGAAGCAUGGAAGUGGUUUGAGUCCUACCUAGAGGGGCGCUCCUACCAGGUCUCGCCUCGGAUCGCAGCAUGUCUGGCAGACGUUGCAUCGUGGAUGACAACCCACCACCUCAAGCUGAACCCAAGCAAGACGGAGAUGCUUUACAUCCCGGGAUCUUCUGGUAUUCGGUGUGAUCUCUCAAUUCCCUUUGAGAACACCCUGAUUACUCCAUCUACAGAAGCUCGUAGUCUUGGGGUAGUUGUAGAUGACCAGCUCUCUUUCACGGCUCAUGUUGCUAACCUGACUCGGUCAUGCAGAUUUCUCCUUUACAACAUCCGGAGAAUUCGACCUUUUCUCUCUAGAGAGGCCACACAGGUACUCGUUCAGUCUUUAGUCAUCUCUAGACUAGAUUACUGUAACUGCCUUCUGGCUGGUCUUCCAAUGCGUACCAUCAGGCCCCUGCAACUGAUCCAGAAUGCUGCAGCUCGACUCGUCUUCAAUCUUCCUAAAUUCAGCCAUGUCACUCCACUGCUGCGUUCCCUUCAUUGGCUUCCUGUAGCAGCUCGCAUCAGAUAUAAAACCCUGAUGUUGGCCUACAAAGCCAAAAAUGGUCCAGCUCCUUCCUACGUGAGAUCAAUGGUGAAAGCUAGAUCCGUACCCAGAGACCUUCGUGCUUCAAGUACGGCUCGACUUGACCCACCAUCUUGCAGAUCACAAGGAAAACAUGCCUCCAGACUGUUCUCUGUCCUGGCACCAAGGUGGUGGAAUGAACUUCCCCUAAGUGUCCGAACAGCAGAAUCACUUGCUGUCUUUAAACGACGUCUGAAGACCCAUCGGAUCCUGUGGCUGGCUGCUGACAAGCCGGUCCUGUGGCUGGCUGCUGACGAGCGGAUCCUGUGGCUGGCUGCUGACGAGCCGGUCCUGUGGCUGGCUGCUGACGAGCGGAUCCUGUGGCUGGCUGCUGACAAGUGGAUCCUGUGGCUGGCUGCUGACGAGCCGGUCCUGUGGCUGGCUGCUGACAAGCGGAUCCUGUGGCUGGCUGCUGACGAGCCGGUCCUGUGGCUGGCUGCUGACGAGCCGGUCCUGUGGCUGGCAGCUGACGAGUGGAUCCUGUGGCUAGCUACUAACAAGCGGGUCCUGUGGCUGGCAGCUGACGAGCAGACAUGUGGCUAG